GUUCCAUUCGUACCUUGACAGUUCGUAUGCGUACUUGCGUGAAAGUUGUUUUGGGUAAAUAAAAAUCUGUCGCAUGGUGAAUGAUGAGUCACAAAUUUAAUUUGCGCGAGUUUUAGGAAUGUUUUACGCCGCCUAAAUCACCCCAAACAAGUGUGUGCGAGUGUCCGUACGUUUGAGUUCUUUAUGUGGUACGUAGAUUUUGUUGUGUUAAGUUUUUUUCCGCCGAAAGUUCCAGGCACAAGAUUUACUCGCUCCCGCUUUGCUACCACCAAAAAUUGUUCAAAACAAAUCAGUUCGGAAAAAACGCAGCGCUUUCCUGUUUGAUAAAAAUAUCAACGAAAGGUCUUCCAGUGUUUGGCACCACUUUCGUUAUUUUAAUAUCAUUUGGAUUAGUUUUAUUCCGGCCCAAUGCUUCAGCGCAAUGUUUAACAAAAAGCAGGACAGUAGCGAUACGAGACGAAUACCGCACGGUUCGCCCAUCGCCAGUAGCUCGCAGAUGAAUGGGAUAAUCCGGCCAGCUUACGUCAUUGAACGGUACGCCGCGUACUAUCCGAUGAACCAUAAACGACGCGGCAUGGCACUGCUGUUCUCGCACAAUAAGUACAAUGUACGCAAUGUGCCACUACCCGUACGGGAAGGAAGCGCUGUGGAUUGCAAACGCUUAAAAGAGACACUAGACUUGUUCGGGUUCGAUGUGAAGGUUUACCAGGAUUUUAAGCUGGAGGAAAUCAAAGCUGUUGUAGAGAAAGUAUCGACGAUGGACCAUAGAGACAAUGACUGCAUCCUGAUCGCUGUGCUCACGCACGGCGAGGACGGUGAUUACGUGUACGCGCACGAUGUUUCGUACGAGCUCUCCACCAUUUGGAGUCACUUCACCGCCGACAACUGUCCAUCGUUGGCUGGUCGGCCUAAAAUAUUUCUCGUACAAGCCUGUCGCGGUAGCAAGCUGGACAACGGUGUAAAGAUACAGAAGGAUGGUAUCGCCCGGUACAGCAUCCCGACCCACGCAGAUUUCCUUUUUGCGUACGCUACCAUCCCGGGCUUUAUGGCGUUUCGGAACACCACCGAAGGAUCAUGGUUCAUUAACGAGUUGUGCAAGGAGCUGCAGGAAAACGGGCACAAGUACGAUCUCGUCACACUGCUCACGUUCGUUACGCAGAAGGUGGCGUACGAUCACGAGUCGGUCUCGAAUCUGCCCGAGUUUAAUAUGCGCAAGCAGACGCCCUGUGUCGUGUCCAUGCUGACACGUUUGCUGUUGUUCAACGAAGUUUAACGGGACAUUUUUACAAUUAAACAGUCAGUUGCGUUUUGCAGCAUUAUGCCCAAGGCAGUUUCUUUCUAAUUUUAACCGUCUACCUCAAAUGGUUUUGUCAUUAGUUUGUAAUCGGUUCGAGUAAGUUAUAUUUUUAAUCAAACGUUACCAUUCAAAAAACGGCACAAAUUGUGUGAAGGGUUUUUUUCGGUUUUACGGUGUAAUACCAAAUAUGUGUGCGUGUGAAACAUAAGUUCGUUAUACGAAACGCUACCAAACAGCACCACCGAAAAACAUUCACUUUACACAGCGCAAAAACAAAACAUUUCGAGCGAAAGUAUUAAGAUGAAAAUAGAAAAUCUCUAAAUUAUUUUUAAAACUCGUUUUGAAGACGAUGAAAAAAAACGUAACCAAAAUCCAUAACUUAUUUUUUAUACAUUUGACUAUACUGAUCCAACACUGAUGAAGCAAUAAAAACACGUAAAAUUUUAAAACAGUAAA